AAAAAUAGUCAAACAAACAAACAACAAAAAAAUGGCCAACACAAGUGUAACGAUCUCCCUGUCCGUCCCAUCGGAUAUACGAUAUAUAAACCUUUGCGUGAAUAUAGUAACAGCUACACAAAGUCAAACCGAAUCGCACACAUUCGGAGUGGGGCUCUGGACUGAACGCGGCAAAAUGAGGCAAGGUAAACAAAAAAUUUACUGUGCAAAAUGUACGAAAAAGUGCUCCGGCGAGGUGCUCCGCGUGGCGGACAAUCACUUCCACAAGGCCUGCUUCCAGUGCUGCCAGUGCAAGAAGUCCCUGGCAACGGGCGGUUUCUUCACAAAGGACAACGCCUACUACUGCAUACCGGACUAUCAGCGACUGUACGGCACGAAGUGCGCCACGUGCCAGCAGUAUGUGGAGGGCGAGGUGGUCAGCACCAUGGGCAAGACCUACCACCAGAAGUGCUUCACCUGCUCCAAGUGCAAGCAGCCCUUCAAGUCCGGCAGCAAGGUGACCAAUACUGGAAAGGAAGUGCUCUGUGAGCAGUGCGUCUCCGGAGGCCCAGUGAGCGCAGGCGUCGGAGCAGGAACAGACGGCGGCAGAGGCGGUGUCUCCUCCCCAGCUCCGCCAGCGGAGAGUCCAACGCGGGCCACCGCCCAUCAGCAGCUCUCAGGUGGUGUGAUCUCGCAGAAGGCGCACCUGAAGGAGGACUACGAUCCCAAUGACUGUGCCGGAUGCGGAGAGCUCCUCAAGGAGGGCCAGGCUCUGGUGGCCCUCGACCGGCAGUGGCAUGUGUCCUGCUUCCGGUGCAAGGCCUGCCAGGUGGUGCUCAACGGCGAGUACAUGGGCAAGGAUGCGGUGCCGUACUGCGAGAAGUGCUACCAGAAGGGAUUCGGAGUAAAGUGCGCUUACUGCAGCCGCUUCAUCAGCGGCAAGGUGCUCCAGGCGGGCGACAACCACCACUUCCAUCCGACCUGUGCCCGCUGCACCAAGUGCGGCGAUCCCUUCGGCGACGGCGAGGAGAUGUACCUGCAAGGCAGUGCCAUCUGGCAUCCACGCUGCGGCCCGGGACCCUCGGAGUCUGGCAUUAUUCUGAAUGGCGGUGGAGGCAGCACCUCGGUGGCUGGCGGCGCCUCCAACGGCAACUUCACAGACACCGAGUGCGACCGGAUGAGUUCCAGUGCCCUCAGCGAGAUGUACAUCCGAUCCAGAACACCGAGCUUUAAUGGUUCACUUUAUUCCUCUAGCCGCAAGCAUUAUCGUACUGUGAGUCCGGGUCUGAUACUCCGAGAGUACGGACGACCGAUCGGCGAGGAUAUAUCGCGCAUCUAUACCUACAGCUAUCUGACGGAUGCCCCACACUACCUGCGCAAGCCGAUCGAACCGUACGACAGGACACCCCUCUCACCGCACUUCCACCGGCCCUCCUCGUACGCCCCCACUCCCAGCAAUGCGGGAUCCGUAGCUGGAAGCCGUCCACCAUCGCGUCCUCACUCCAGGACCCGCAGCGCCAUGAAGGUCUUGGUGGACGCCAUCCGUUCGGAGACGCCCCGCCCCAAGAGUCCGGGCAUGAACAACGAGGAACCUAUUGAGCUGUCUCACUACCCGGCCGCCAAGAAGCCGCCACCAGGAGAACAGCCCAAGAUCGAGAGGGAUGACUUCCCAGCUCCGCCGUAUCCGUACACGGACCCGGAGCGCCGGCGACGGUAUAGUGACACCUACAAGGGUGUCCCCGUUUCAGACGACGAGGACGAGAAUGUCGAAAACGGCAAGACGAAUGGCAAGAUUAAGAAUGGCGAGGAACAGCAACGCCUUCAACGUGAAGCUGAGCAGCUGGAGAAGCUGAACUCCGGCAUCGGUUCGGCGAUCGCCAAGGACCUCAAGGAGCACGCCAAGUACAGGAAGUGGAAGCAGAACAACUUGGAUCCCCGUAAUGCCUCCAGGACGCCUUCUGCCUCGAAGGAGCCUCUGUACAAACUGAGGUAUGAAUCACCUAUUGGGGCCUCACCCUCGCGCAAUCUGGACCACCAGAAGCCCUUCUACGAGGACGAGAUGUUCGAUCGCUCUACAAGCUACCGCGGCUCGCUUGGCAAAUCGCUGGGAAACGCGCCCAGCUACAAUGUGGUGAGUGCGCUGCGCCAUGUUCCGAAGCCUGGAUACGGCCUGGCUCCACGCUCCCACACAUUCAGCUCCACAACCUCCGCUGCGGCCACGAUGCAUGGUGCCACUGAUUUCUCCUAUGGAGGUCUCGGCGACAAGACGCACAGCACGGAUUUGAGCUGUGGAAAAUCGGAAGCCUCGGUGGACUCAAUCACAGACGGCGAUAGACGUGCCUUGAUGGGCGGAGAUCUUCCCGCCUCGAGCACAUACUCCGGGGCGCUCUCCUACCACUAUCCGCAGGCCGGGCUCAUCCGGCGCAGUCUGCCCAACAUGGCGCACUCGAUGCUGGUGCAUGAGCCGGCCAAGAUCUAUCCCUAUCACCUACUGCUAAUCACAAACUAUCGACUGCCUUCCGAUGUAGAUCGCUGCAAUCUGGAGCGUCAUCUGUCGGACAUCGAGUUCGAGCACAUCUUGCAGUGCGCCAGGUCGGAGUUCUACAGGCUGCCCCAGUGGCGCCGCAACGAACUGAAGCGCCGGGUAAAGCUCUUCUAAGCAAAAGGGGCCCUGUACUCUGAGCCGCGUCUGUGGGUGGAGGAGGAGGCUGCUAGCGACGAAACCAAAAGAAAUCAACUUACCUUAAAAAGCAAAGGGCUAUACAACAGUGGAGAUAAAUACAUUAAACACAAAACAAACAAAACAAAAAAGAAAAGAAAACGAAAUGGGAAACUAUGCUAAUUUCACAGCCAGUUUUGAAACACGCUUUAAAUAGUUGAUGCAAGUGAAACCAACUAAACUAAAUUUAAAAACAUAGUUACAUUUACAGUGCGGAGCUGCCGGCAGGCGGCUUCAGUUUAUUUUUUUAAGAAUUAGUUGCGCUAAUGGAAAAUUGUAACUGAAAAAUAUAUUGAAAACUACGAUUGAAAGAAACAUAAAUCCCAAAUAAAAAACUGUAUACAUACUUCACAUAGUUAAAGAUUGCAUGUCCGGCAUGAUGGCUUUUUAUACGCAGUGCAAGUGCAAGUGCAUAUUAAUCUUAACUUUAAAAAGAAUAUAUUUUCUAAAUUAUACUUUAAUUGAAAGAACCUUGUUAACCGGCUAAAUAUCUAGAGAAGCAUCAAAGAAAGAGCAAUUAAUGUACCUGCUGAGAAAUUCACACAGCAGUAAGCGAAACGUUAGAUGUGUGGCAUCCAAUCUACGCUAAAUCAUUAUGCAACAAUUUAUUUAUUACUAAAUAUUUUAUUUAUUUAAAUAGAAUAUGUCAAAGAAUAAACCAGAGAUAAUAAAUCAGGACAAAGCUGUUUCAACGUGUCA